UAUGAGCAUGAAGAAGUUCGAUACGGUGAUUACAUCGUGUGCAAUCACAAAAUUGAUGGCACCAUUGAUCCGUUGUUCAAUGUCACUCAUUUAUCGAUACGGCGUGCGGAUUGUGACGAUGGGUACGAGCAUAAAUUCGAGCACUGGCAAUAUGAUUGGAAGGAUUUUGGUGAUUUCCACUGGCCGCUGCGAAUUUUGCGCAGGUCGGUACCGAAACAACGAUGGUUGGAACUCGAUAAAAAUCCUUAAUUUAUAG